CCUUCCAGGUCACCUAGAAGCUUCCGUCCAUUGGAAUCCACCCGACACGUAGCGGAGGAGGAGGCUCCAGUGACCAAGUUGGGGGCGUUGGAGGCUGAAAGAGUGAGGGGUAUACGAUGAAGUCCUCAAUCCAUGACACCCCUUGUUCCUGCGACUGCUUGGUCUCCAUGCCUCCGGCCUCUGCCAUUCCAGCUGUGAUCUUUGCAAAGAACUCAGACAGACCCCGGGAUGAGGUGCAGGAGGUGGUGUUUGUACCAGCAGGCACUCACCCCCCUGGGAGCCGGCUCCAGUGCACCUACAUUGAGGUGGAACAGGUGUCGAAGACACAUGCUGUGAUUCUGAGUCGUCCUUCUUGGCUGUGGGGGGCUGAGAUGGGUGCCAAUGAGCAUGGUGUCUGCAUUGGCAACGAAGCUGUGUGGACCAAAGAGCCAGUUGGGGAGGGGGAAGCCCUGCUGGGCAUGGACCUGCUCAGGCUGGCUUUAGAACGGGGCAGCACUGCACAGGAGGCCCUGCAUGUGAUCACAGGCUUGCUGGAGCGCUAUGGGCAGGGGGGCAGCUGCCGGGAGGAUCCCAUGCCAUUCUGCUACCACAACACUUUUCUGCUGGCUGAUCGGACUGAGGCAUGGGUGCUGGAGACAGCUGGGAGACUGUGGGCUGCACAGAGGAUCCAGGGGGGUGCUCGAAACAUCUCCAACCAGCUGAGCAUUGGCACGGACAUCUCAGCUGAACAUCCGGAACUUCGGAGCCAUGCCCAGGCCCAGGGCUGGUGGAGUGGACAGGGCGCCUUUGACUUUGCUCAGGUCUUCUCUCUGACCCAGCAACCUGUGCGCAUGGAGGCUGCCAAGGCACGCUUCCGGGCUGGGCGGGAACUGCUACAGAAAUGGCAAGGGAGCAUCACAGCAGAGGUGAUGAUGGACAUUCUCAGAAACAAAGAGAGUGGCAUUUGUAUGGACUCUGGAGGCUUCCGAACCACAGCCAGCAUGGUGUCCAUCCUGCCUCAGGAUCCCACGCGGCCCUGUGUCCACUUCCUCACAGCCACACCAGACCCAUCCAGGUCAGUGUUCAAACCUUUCAUCUUUGGGGUGGGGGCGACUCAGGCCCCCCAGGUGCUGUCCCCCACUUUUGGAGCACAGGAUCCUGUUCGGACCCUGCCUCGAUUCCAAACUCAAGUGGAUCGCCGUCACAUGCUCUACCGUGGACAGCAGGUGGCCCUGGGGCUGAUGGAGAGUGAGCAGCAGGAGCAGGGGCAGCAGCUGCGGCAGAAGCAGCAGGACCUGGAGCAGGAAGGCUUGGAGGCUGUGCGGGGGCUUCUGGCUGGUGAGCAGACCCCAGCCCACCAGGAGCUGGGUGGCCUCUUCCAGGCCUUCGUGGAGAGGGAGAGCCGGGCCUACACAGAGCUGAGCACAUAGCUCCUCCUGGCCCAGGGCGGGUGCAGGAUCCUAGCCCCAGCUGCCCUGAGGUGGUGGUGGUUUGGGGCAAUUCCUUCCUGCCCCUUGGCCUAUUCUGUGUGGCUGGUACAGCCUUGGCCUUAAUAAAUGUGGUUUAUUUUCUUGUUCAGUGA